CUAGAAAUUUUAAUUACCAACUCUACAGUUCAGGUCUCCAAGUUCUAGUCUUCUAGUUCUAGUACGAUCACAUAACUCUGAUCGUAAUUCCAGCAGCCAAGAUUUGUGCGUAAAAAAACAGACAUCUAAAAUUACAAAGAUGUCAAUCGCCAAGCCCGUGAUGCGUGGACUCUACGCAAAGAAAAUAAAGAUCCAUUUAGUAGGAGCCACCUUGACCAGUAUCACUGGUGGACUUUUGUGGAAAUUCUUUUACAUGGACCCACGUAAACGUGACUACGACAACUACUGGAACUACUACGAUGCUGAGAUCCAUGAAAGAAUAAUGGAGGAAAAUGGUUUACUCCAGUCAUGCCCCCAGUAGAAACCAGGAGCGCAAAGUAAUUUAUAAAAAUCUGUAUAGGUACCAUGUAAAAGAAAAUUAAAAAAAAUAAACUAGUACUGUCAUUAAUAAAUCCAAACUGUAACAAGAAUAAUUAUAUUGUAAUGAAUAAAUAAACAAAUAAUGAAAAAACAAUAAAGGUUAAGUUUCGUUCCCUUGGUAGAUGUCAGUGAUGCUGAUAUCCCAUAGUGCUUCGCGCGAUUGAUUUGCGCAUGUCAGUUGGCUGCAUUGCAAAUGGCGGCUCCUUGUUAUUGUUCAUGGCGUUUUAUGACUUGUCCCUUUAUAUCUGCCGAUUAUGACGAGUUUUUAAGUGAUUAACACGACACACUGUGUCCAGUGGAUGAAUUUAUCUUUGUACAGUGUUAUUUAAAUACAAUAUUAUUCUAACAAUAAGUGAUUACUGAGUUGUUAUUGGAGUUACUUGUAGCAACUGAACCUCAUAAUAUUCUUGCUAAAAGUCAUCAAGAAUUGGAUAGUUUUGAGAAAUGGGGGAGUUUAUUAUUAUGAUAGUUAAUUAAAUAACAAAGCCUGGCGUGGAUUUAAAACAGCUUGCGAUCGGCCAGGCAACAAAAAAUAACCUGAGACCUAUCCAGGCUUCUUGGGUAGUUAUGUGAUUAAUGAUUGUCAUGGCGGCAGACAGUGAUGGUGAUCUGAUUGAGACAGUGGUAACCUGUGAAGGUGAUUUAGGUGAUCCAGAGUUUCCACAUAAGUUUAAAAUAAUUGUUGACCGGUUAAAGUACCUGCUAUCAAAGGAAAAAGGUGACGGAUUGAAAGUAAACAAAGUUGAACCAUGGAAUUCAGUACGAGUGACGUUUUCGAUACCCCGGGAGGCGGCGUUACGGUUGAGAGAGUUAGCGAGCGAAGGCUCGUCGACGCUAACCCAGCUGGGAAUAUUAUCGGUGCAAGUGGAAGGAGACCAAGUGAUAUCGUUGCGGAUUGCCAGCCGGUUUGGCGAGGAGACACAGGAGAUAGUGUUACACUCUGGUGGCACACAAGACGGAAGUAAAUCGAGGAGUGAUACGAGUAGCAACGGUGCGUCGUCAUCAAGUGACAGCAGCGAUGCCUCGACGUCUCUCCCAGGUCCCAGUAGUGCGUGUAAUAUAUCGACGAUGAUACGGGACGUCGCUCAAUUGAUUGGAGCUGAAGCUACUGGAGAUAAACCGCCACAAUUUCGUUCGCCGAAUGUCGUUGCACCAACAGACUGUGAUCCUAUACCAGCGUUUCUCGCUAAAACAGUUCAAUCAUCUUCAAAUGUUAUUAACACACAUAAUAUUACUAGCAACCAGUCAUCGUUAGCCAGCAAUUCAAAUGCAUCACCUCGUAAUAAUUAUAAUGGACCAUUCCCGUUCGCCAGUAUGACACAUGCGGCUCAAGCAAUACACAGUCGCGAGUCACAGCAACAGCAGCAAGCUGGCACUAUAAAAACAACACAACAAUUUAAAUCACAUCACACACAACCGCCUCCGCCUUAUCCAGCAACAGAAGUCCUGACAACCUCCCAUGUACUAAAUACCGGACACACGACAACACAAUCAACAUCUGUCUCUGUCCCUCCUAACCAAGUUGUAGGACAGUUUAAAACUAAUCUACCCUCGACAUCAACCAGCAGUCAUGCUGGUACCUCAAAUGGUAACCAAGUUGCGCUGUCAAGUCCACUUCUUGUUAAUUUACUACAAAAUGACGGUGGUUCCCAUCCAAAUAAUAUUACGAUAGGACAAAAAAUGCAGCCACCUGCUGCGCUGGUUGAUGCUGCGGGUAUGAGCCGGAUGAAACCAACUAAAAAACCAACUGGUCGCAGGAAAGACAUGCCAUUGGCCAGUGAAUCGCCACCUAAUUUAGAUUCACUGAGACCUGAAGAUUUAAUUGGUGGUACUGCUGGAGCUAUUGGUAAUCUUGCGUCUUCUGGACCGUCUGCAUUUGCUACUGUAAAUGUUAAUCAACCAUUAACUUUACCCCAGCAACAACAACAGCAGCAGCAAAUUAAUGUAACGCAGCAGACAAUUCAACAGCAGCAGCAGGUACCCGUAUCAAGUCAAAUACCGUCACAAACUUUACAUACACAAGUACAAAUUCAACAGCAAAAAUUCCCAGUGAGACAAGAAUUAGCUUAUCGACAAAAUCAGAUCGUGCAUAAUCAAAUGACCGUAAGACAUCCAGUAAAUGGCCAGCAAAUAAGAACGUCGUUGCAACAGCGGCAGCUUCUUCUUCAGCAGCAUCAGCAGCAAUUAUUAGCACAAUCCCAGAAUAUUGUAAGCAAUUCAGUGUUACAGCAACAGCAGCUUAACACGCCCGUUCAACAAACAGUACAACAACAAUCUGUAUCCCUGCAAUCCGUCCCAUCAAAUUCACAAUUGAUUUCACAGCAAAUAAUCCAGCAGCCGUCAGUGGGUAUCAAUGUCGCCCAACAGAGACUCGGGUAUCUGAGUAAUAGUCCAAGACAACCAACUCCACCGCCUUAUCCCCGACAAACUCCUGCGGCGACUGCCACUGCCGCUGCUUCCCAACAGCCGCAACCGCAGCAGCAGCAACAAAUUCCUACACUAAAUGUACAGCAACAGCUACAUCACAAUCAACUAAAAAAUGUUAAUAUAAAUACCAGUGCGACAAAUGAUUUUCGUUAUGGUCAAAGCCAAAAUAUCCUCAGUAGAAAUUAUAACGUUGCUACGUCAUCAGGAACGACAAGCGCUAAUGGGACCACCACUACUUGGAAUCAACAAACAACCAGCAGCUCUGUGCCACAGGCUGCUCAAACAAACACAAAUCCUGCAACAACAACAACAACUACUACUACAAAUAAUAAUAAUAAUAUAAAUACAAAUACUAAUCAACAACGUCUAGCAGCAGUUACUAGCCAGACGUCAGCUCCAGGUGCCUUUACACAACAAAAUUUAACGCGUGUUAAUCACGUGACAGCAAAUAAUCCAAUAAGUUCAAAUACAAAUUUAAAUAUACAGCAACAAGAGCCCGCAGUGUCGGACUCGGGGGUUAAAGUAAACGAUAACUCGGCCACGACGACGACGACGGCCUCGAGCACGCCGAUUGAAGAGCCCGAACCAGUGUACACGUCAACCGGUAAAAUACGUCAGUUUUUGAUAAAUCCACUGACGGGUCAUCUGGAACCGAUGUCCAGUGAGAGUGACUCCGAGCCUGAAAGUGCUGUUGACAAUCAAGACGAUUUUUUUUCAUUUCCGUCGCCGUCAAAUGAUCGUUCCAAUUCUAUAUUCUCUGACGAUGACGCUGACAGCAAUAUUUCCCGUCGCAAUGACACGACGACAAAUACAGACCAGUCGGAUUCAGAGACAACGGGAAAAUCAACCGGCAGUGAAGGAAGUCUCAAGCAACAUGGAAGACUAAAGUCUUCGAGAGACAGUCCAAUGCCGGGUGAAAAAAUAAAAUUACGGCUAAAGUUAGAAAAAUCAGAACCUGUCACACCAGCGUAUAAAGUUGACGUGUCAUUCGUCAACACACCGCCGAUGAGAAAAGCUGACAAGUCGGUUAAUAAAAUAUUUACAGGUGUCGCGGCUAAUUCUGCUGGUGGUGCUGGUAGUGCUGCUGGUGGAGGAGGAGCUGCUGGAGCUGGGGGUAACAGUGGAGCUGACGAACCACGUGUACCUCCGCUUCAUAUAUCUCUGAGAGGUCGCAAUGCUUCUGUUGUCCAGAUAAGAAAGAAAGAAAAAAAGUCACUGCGUGAUGAUGACAGCGAUUCAAAUCCGGGGAAUGUCAAGAGACGGGGUAAAUUUAAAAAAAUGAAGGACAGUACUGAUGGCAACAAACUGCUGCAGAAAAAAUCAUUGAAUAUGAUAAUUGCUGGUGGUGGUGGUGGCGGUGGUACCUCGGGAACUAAGUUGCCAUUGAGUAAUUCUGCGGUUGUCAAUACGGCGAGUGUUGCUGGUAAAAUAAAUAAUUCGCUGCAGGGUAUUGUCUCGAAACCCAAUGCUUUGAAGCAACAGGACAGCAUACAGGAUCCUACGACUCGGCUACAAGUUUCUGGAGCUGGUAGUAAAGCUAGUUCGAGUAAAAGUAGUGAUGUUGAUGAUAUUCCGUUGAAUAGUAGGAUACCAUCGCCUAUGAAACACAAAACCAUUGUCACGCAGUCCUCAAAUUCACAGAGUCUGAAUAAAAAUCAGGGUGAUGAUGUUCAGAAUCAUACUAACGAACAUAAAAUUGGUGGAGGUAAAACAAAGAGAAGAGACUCGAAAAAGAAAAAUGAAGCAGGCGAAAGUCCACAUCGUGAACAAAAUUUAUUGUCGGGUGGUAGGAUACUGGACAAUCAAACCAAGUGGAGAAAACUUGGUUACAAAGGUGAUCCUGAUCAGCCUGUUAGUAAAAAAACAGCUGGUGGUAAUGCUGAGUCGCAUGGAAAUGAUACGGGAACAAUUAAAAGAGUCGGCGACGUCAGAAGAACGAGUGACGGCGACAUCGCCACGAGGAGCGCAGACAAAGGAAAAUCUUCAAGUGGGGUCGCGUCCCGUAUCGCUGAGGUCAAUGGCGUUAGAAAAGAUCUUGUUAACCAGGAAAAGCGACGACGGUUGAGUUUAAUUGAAGAAAAAGACUUUCAUUCAUCCGAAUCUCAAAAUCCAGAGACAGCACACAAGUCAGACUCAAGUACGCACGCAGCAUCAAAACUUACGUCAAACUCAUCGUCAUUCGACAAUGACAGCACGUCAACAAAAAGUUUAAGUUUGCCGAGUCAAAGUCCUGCUCAAAGUCAAUCACUGGGUAAACACGACGUAGUAAAAACUACAUCUACACCAUCAUCAACGUCAUCUACGUCUUCUUCUUCUUCGCUUUCUGUCCAGCAUGACGGAGCAAAGACAAAUAUAAUAGCAAAUAAAAUAACUCCUGGUAAAAGUAAAUCCGAGUUGGAUAUUAAGUCAAAUGCGGUUGCUAAAACUCAGAGCGUAUUGCAAAAAGUAAACAAAAAUAAUUCAUUAUUAAAAAGCAGUGAUGUAACAUUAAGUAAACACAAAGUCGACCACCCGAGUCAUAAAAAACUGACCCAAAAUCACGUGAUAAAGUUUUCUGAGCGGACUAUCGCGACGGCUAAACUGGAGCAGAAAGUCAGUUUGCUAAAAAGUUCGCAGAAUCCGGGGAACGUUGAAGCUCGGGCAUCUAAUGUCGAUUCGCCUCCAAGUAAACCACAGCCCCAACAGCCUCAACCACAACAGCAGCAGCAGCAACAAGAGCAGAGUCUUCCAGAGACUGUCGAGCUUGAAAAAGCAAAACCAAAGCUACCAGACAACGUGAUGCCCAUCGGAAUAAUUGACAGCAACACCGAGCGCGUGGGUAACGGCGGCAAUGCCAAUGCCGGUGAAGACUCGGGUAUCGAAUCAAUGGACGCGCUCUCGGAAAAAUCACCAAAUCAGGGCGAAUCUCCACUCCACAGACCAGUAACCGAAUCCGUUGGCCAGAGUUCCGCCCCAGUUGGUUCGAAAAAUUUACCAAUAACAGCAAUAACCGUAGAUGAAUCAUCAACAAUAACAAAUAAAAAUAACAACGUGCCUUCCUCAACUAGCAGUGAUAUGUGUUCAAGUACCGAACUUUUAAAGUCCAAUGAUCCAAAGACAUUGAGUCCUGUGUCUGUCGCUAAUUAUCUUGAUACUCAAUUGAGGCAAGACACCGCUGCGACUAGUGAUUCUCUUGGUUCCCCAAAAUCUUGUGAACAAUCUGUAUCAUUGACAUCACGAACUAAUUUAAAUAGUAGUAAUAAUAGUAGUAGUAAUAGCAAUAGCAAUAAUAACACUAAUAAUAAUAAUAAUAAUAGUAGUAGUAGCGGUAGUGAUAAUAAUGAACGCAAUGACGAUGGAUUAAAUGCGAGUGAUAAAAACAAUACCGGUGAUAAGGAUAAAGUUAAUCUUGCAAGUCCAUUGAUAACUGCUACCACUACUGUUGUUAACAGUGAUAGUUGUGAUAAUCGAUUAUUACAGUGUGCUAAGACAUCUGGUACUGGUACUGGUACUAGUAGUGGUACUGGUCCUAGUACUGGUACUGGUGCUGGUGCUACUACUGCUACUGGGACAACAAUAACGAGUGUUGCUGAAAGUAUGGUAAUAAAAAACACUGAGGACAAUUGUCCUGUUGAAAGUGAUAAAGUUGAAAAAAAUGUGGGUGAGAUUAAACAGGAAGAAGGGAGCGAUGGCGUUGUCAAGACCGAGGAAUUGCUUGAGGAUAAAAAAUUAGAUGGUGUUGAUACUGUGCAUCAAAAUAAUAAUAUUAUCCAAGAUGGUGAGCAGUCUGAUAGUAAAAAUAUUAUUCCAAAGCCGUGUAGUCCGAGUUGUGAUGAUAAAAAUAACUCGGAUGCUGAUAAAAGUGAGCAUUUAAAUUUGGACAAUAAUAAACUUGGUAAGACUGAAGUUGAGCCUGAUGAUACGAGGCAGGAAAAUGAAGCCAAGAGUCAGUUGGUACUGAAGGCUGAUAAUAUUAAAGGUGAGGUGGAAAGUAAAUGUCAGGUUCCGACUCAACCGCAAGCUCAAGUUCAAGCUCAAGCUCAAGUACAAGGCUCUGCUCAACGGAUUGUCAAGCGCGAUAAACCUGGCCAGCAAAAAAGUCCUGAUGAAGGCACGAAGAAGGCUACGGAACCGCCAGAAAGUUUACCCUCGCCACUAGAUGAUGAUCCGCAGCCAAUAAGAAUAACUCCGCCUUUGUACACUUACUCAAAUCCUGUGGUACUUCAACGCGAUGACACGCCGAGUCCGGCCGCGCAGGUUGACGUCGACGGAUCAAGUGAAGUUGAAAACAUGAAACGGAAAAGACGGAGAAAACAAGAAUUAGAAGGUCGUCAGGAUGUCAUUUGUAUUGAGGACAAUGACGACACACAUUUUGUCGACAGACUCAAUCCGACAAUGAACUCUGAGGAUUUUGUUAAACGUACGGGUGGUAAAUCGUUGCUCGAACAAUUGCUUAUUGAAAUACCCAAUGACAGCAGUGAGAAACGUUCAUUACGUACGCGAUCACAGAAGUUAAAUAGUCCGGAUAUUGCCAAGACACCUAAAUGCAGUCCGCAUGCUGGAGUUGGGGUUGCGGUUGGUGUUGGUGUUGGUGUUGGUAUUGGUGUUGGUACUGCGGGAAGAGCCGAAGAACGACGUAGUAUAUCACCGUACGCAAAAGCUAGUCCUAAAUUAGGUUUGUCGAAGCUGUCACCCAACACUGCCAACACUCCGAGUACAAAUACACCGACACCAGCUACUGGGACAACCGUUGGAGUUAAAAGUAAUAAACGCAGAAGAUUAGAAAGCGAGAGUUCCGUUGCCUCAAGUACUGCCGACGAACCACCACCAAAAUUGGGCAAACGUAAAUCAUCGGAAAAUGCUGCUGAGCUUAUAAAAGUUUACAUGGGCGUUGAAGAAGCUGGUCAUAUUAAAAAACAAUUACACGCUAAAGACGAACAAUCCAAAAAGGGUUUUAGUAUACUUGCUAAAGCUAAAAAAGGUCCAAUUUUAGUUGACGUUGAAUCGUCAGAUGACGAGCCUCUGAUAGAUAUGGCAGCAAAAGCAAGAAUGCGAUUGACUGAUGAAACUGCAUCAUCAAAGCUCAAAGAUCAAAAAUCAACAUUGAGUACUCCAGUGGGUGGUCAAUUAAACUCGAGUAACGUAUCGAAUUUUAAUGCAACACGUGUUCAAAGGGAGAGUAGACUAUUAACGACAAAACAACCGGGUAAUGUUAAUUCACUGUCGGUGGGUAAAGAACGACUACGUGGUACAUCUGUGUCGAGUAAUGAAUCCGUUGGUGAAGUAACGACUCGUAGAUCUGUAAGACAAAGUGCUGUCUCACCAUUGGCUACACCAGCAAGCAAUACAAGAGGCGCAUCCAGAUCUAUGGAGGAUGUUAAUAGACGAAAAACACGGAGUGGUGCUGUGGGAACGUUGUUUUAGUGACAGCUGAGACAGCAGAACAGGCGAAACGGAGACGAAUAUCACGAGAAAACAAAUGACCUUCGGGAAGCGACCUUGACAGUGAUUAGCUAUCGUCGCUCGUCAAGGCAUUUAUUGUCUGGUUAUUUGUCUAGUGCCAACGGUUAUUUGAUAUCUAUCGCCGUGUGGCUGGACCCCACCUGGUGAAUCCCAUGUACGUGUCAAAUUGCGCACAACUUAUUAUUAUUAUUAAUAAUAUUUAAAAUAUAACAAUACAAUAAAAAAAAACUACAUGCUCUAAAAUCAGUCUCAAAUAGAUAAAUAAAUAUAAAAUAUAUAAAAGUAAAGGUGUCUAAAGUAAAAGGCAUGGCCGUGUUAUGACACUUGAUCUCAAUGUGUUACGUGUUAUUAAUAAAUAAUUAAAAAUUAUUAACAUGAGCAUCAAAUGCUUGUUAUUAAUGAGCUCAAAGCUCGGGCUUUCGCGGGUUUAUUAUUUUGGCGAACGUGCAUUUUACUUUUAGAUGUCUUACUUUUGCUAGUUUAGUUACUUAGCUUUUUACAUCAUCACUAUUUAGAAUUAUUAAUAAUAAUAAUAAUAAUAAUAUUAAUUUAAAUAAUAUUUAUAAUUAUUAUCUUUGUAAUAUUAAUUGUAGACUAAGUAACUAAACUACCACGAGUAUCAGUUACUAACUGCCGAGUUGUUGAAAAAUAAUUAAAAUCCCUGUUAUAUUCUUCUUACAAUAGUUGCGAUCUAUGGUCGUGUUAAAAAAUAAAUAAUAAUAAUGACUAAUUAAUUAAUUAAUCAAUCAAUCAAUAAUGAAAGUUUGAUAAAUAUUUCGCAAUUUUAAUAAUAUUUAUAUUUCACUAUACUCGUGUGUCCGUAAUUGUUCCUGGUGAUUAUGAUCUUUUGUACAAAAAAAAAAAAGAAAAAAAAAAUUAAUUAUUUAAAUGAAAAUAAUAAUGACAUGUAGACUGGGUCGAAAGAGCUGCAACAAAAAUUGUUAAAUUAUUUUAAAAAAGUUUAAAUUAAUUACGCGCCAUAAUCUGACCGUACUGCCGUUGUUAAUAUCAAAUACCAAAUUACUAUACGCUCUUGACGAAGCGAUUUUAAUUAAUAUUAAAAAUCGUUUAUUAAAUCCUUGGGUAAAUUUGUGGGGAAAAAAUUUGAAGUUUAAAAAUACAUCACAUUAAUUAUUGAAAGAUUUUCUUUUAAAGUUUUGCUUUAUUUGUGUUUUUGUUUUUUUGUAUCGUAGGGUAAAUUAUCUAGUCCCCAGUUUUGAAUUUUUUUUUUUUAUAAAUUCAUGUGCUAAAAGAUUUGAAUUUUUUCUUUUUUUGAAUUAUCGAGCAACUAAAUUCUAAUUUUAUGCUUGUUGAGAAAAUUAUCAUUGAAAUUUAGAUUUUUGAAAAUUUUUUUUGUAUAAACAGAAUACGAAUUUUUUCUACGUUAUAUCUGUAAUAAAUAUUCAAUUAAUUUGAACAUAAUUUCGAUUUUUUUUACUUUUUGUAGCAAAAAAAAAAAUUGAGUUCAAUUUUCUACUAAACCGGAAGUAAAAAAUAAAUAAAUUUCCAUUGAAAUUCUAGUGGUUUGUCCAUUCAGACUUUUUAUUAAAACAAUAAUUAAAGGAAACCGAAAUAAAUCAAUUCAAAAUUAUUUAAAUAUAUCGGGGUCUGGCAAUCGGAAGCUAGUAGACAAAAAUCAUAAGUAAUUAUAUUAAUUGUAAUUAUAAAUUUCUGUCUUAGUUAUGACAGUAAAGUUGACGGACAUCGGACAAUUUCUAAAAUUUGAAAAUAAUAAAAUAAAAUUUUUUCAACAAAAAAAUUAAAAAAUGACUUUUAGAAAAAUCUAAAGUCAGUAUAUAAAUUUUUUAUGUUAUUAAUUUUUUUAUAUGUAAUUUAAAAAUUGUCUUAUGUCCGCUACAUUUACACUCAUGUAUUAGUUCUCAUGUCUUUUUUUUUUGUACAAAAUAUUUUGAAAGUUAUUCAAAAUAAAUUUGAUUGUUUAUAAAAUUUAAUUUUUGUUUUUCCAAAAAGAAAAUCUUUCGGUAAAAAUGUCAAAAAAAAAAAUGUAUAAUUUAAAAAUAUAAAACAGAAGGAUUUAUUUUAUUUAUACAAAACGUCGGGGUAAUUUGCAUAAAUAUAAAAAAAAAAAAAAACAAAAAAAAAAAUGAAAUUUAAUUACUAAGUAAUGAGUAAUAAAAAAAAUGGAUACAAUGUUAAUUUGAUAGGUAAUAUAUGGAUGACUAUAUUUUGUAAAUAAUUUCUUGUAUAAAAAAAAAUAUUAAUGAUAAUAAUAAUAAAUAAUAAAUAACACAAGCACUUGACACUGUAAAUAUAAAGCAACAUAAAAAUGAAAAAUGUUUAAAUUUCUAUCUAUAAAUAUAAAUAUAAAUAUAUAUUACUACUUCUAUAACUAUUAAUAUUAAUAGAUAUAAAAAAAAUGUGCAACUUUAUUGUCAUUAAUAAAUAAAUAAAUAAAUUAAUUAAGUAUUUUUCACUCUUAAAUUUUCGUAAAAAUAAUGAAUUUAAAAUAACAAAGAAAAUAUAUAUAAAAUAUAUAUUAAAUAUUUAAUCUUC